CGUCUGACCCCUCGGCCUGAGAUAGCUUGAAGGCCUCUUGUGUCGGAAGCCUGCCACGACAGCCUUCGAUGCACCUCUUCGACGCCUGCGUACCGCCACGCAAUCCCGAGUCGGCGCCGCCGACAGCAUCUUGACCAAUUUCAGUGACUCAUAACGGCAAUGACAGAAAUAAUCAAGGCACAGGCACAGGCACAGGCCCCUCCAAGAGAAGAAGAAGCAGUUCACCUCGAGGAGGUCACCGAAACUCCCUACCUCUCUCCACUCGCCACAACCAGCACAGAGGACCUCCCAUCCCAAGAAAGAGACCCCUCAACGCAAGCGGCCCUCUCCGCCACCGACCACCCCUCCAUGUACAUGUCCCGCGGCAAACUCAGAACAACAUGUUUCGACGCGGCAGCAGGGCUGCAGAGGACAACCACCCGCGGCGACGACACAAAACACAAUCUACCUUGGGCCCCCAAGCACCACGGAACGCGGCUGCGCAAGUGUGACGUACGACAACACACGAGGCGUACUGCUCCUUCCGCUCCCCGGACCCCCGGAGCCCUGCACCGGGCUACGAGGGUCGCCAUCGAGCUGCCGCAGCUGUGGCCGGAUAUCAUGGCGCGCCUGGCGGGUGAUGGAUAG